GUUUUUAGUACGUGUUCCGCCGUGUCAGCAUACAGUCGUUCCCAGCAGCGACUAUCGGAGGUAUCGGACCCACAGAACCCGUACAGGUCGCGUUCGCUUGGGUUAUCUGUCUCGGUUUUGCUCGCUCUCGCACUCGCACUCCGCCCCGCUCCCUCUCUCUCUCUCUCCCUCCAACUCCAAAUCAACAAAAAUAAAAAUCAGAAGAGCAACAAAAAUAUAAAAAAAAAAAAAAACAUAAAACACAUCUAAAAUAUAACGGCACCGCCGCGACAUACCGCUCCACCUAAAAAGCUCCAAACAUUAUUUGUGUGAUUUUCCCGUGGAUUCUAAGUGUUGGGGAAAAUUUUGGUAUAUUUUUGGGUAAAUUCAAAAGAAAUUCUAAUUUUUUGCCUGUGCAAAUUCGAGUGCAAUUUAUUGAUAUUGUAUGUACAACAAAAAUAAAUCGAGAAUAAAUUAUAAUCAAUGUGCCGUGCCGAAUGACCGAAAGGAAAAUCGCAAUUAAAAUAAAUUAAAGAUUUUUUUGUGUGUGCGUACCAGCGUACCAGCCUGUGAAGCUUCCUGUGCAAACCGGUCCAGCAUCCGACGCGCGAUUGCACCUGCAAGAAGCCAAGAAAUUCAUAGAGGAGUAGGAGAAGUGGCACACCACACCACAGCACAGCUCAGCUCAGAGCGAAGCCUCCAAGUCUCCAAGACGUGAAAGAAGUAUAGGAUCUGGCCGCAACAGGGGACAACGAAAAAACCCGUUUUUUGGAGAAAGGAAAAGGGAAAGAGGUGCUGGUUGCCCACCAAAAGGCUGCGGGCCCACCCCCCGAGAGCCUGCCAAGGCCAAACCGUCAGUCCCCCUCCCCGCCCGUCUAUUGUUCCAAACAAAAGAACAACAAAUAUCCCCACAAAACAUUGGACACUUCUUUAUGCCGUACUAACAAUUCUGCGGCGGCGAAAAUGAAGAAAAUGCGCAGAAGUCAGCUUUUACGGGUGCUUCCCCUGGCCGUACUGCUGCUCGAAGUGGCCCUCCUGCCCGUCUCCGUGCUGGCCAAGUCGAAGAACAAGAACAAGAACAACCAAAACAAUUCCCAUCAUGGCGAAUCGUCGGCCUCAGCGUCGGCCUCGUCCAACGACGACAACAAGCCCCGGAGCGGCGAAAACGGGGGCCAGCAGUUCGCCAUGGAGCCGCAGGAUCAGACAGCCGUUGUGGGAUCCCGAGUGACGCUGCCCUGUCGCGUGAUGGAGAAAGUUGGGGCCCUCCAGUGGACCAAGGAUGAUUUCGGCCUCGGCCAGCAUCGCAAUCUGAGCGGCUUCGAGCGUUACUCGAUGGUUGGGAGCGACGAAGAGGGCGACUUUUCGCUGGACAUCUAUCCGCUGAUGCUCGACGACGAUGCCAAGUACCAGUGCCAGGUGGGACCCGGUCCGCAGGGGGAACAGGGUAUCCGUUCAAGGUUUGCAAAGCUCACGGUUCUGGUGCCGCCGGAGGCCCCGAAGAUCCUGCAGGGCGACUACAUGGUAACCACUGAGGAUCGCGAAAUCGAGCUCGAAUGCGUGUCGGUGGGCGGCAAGCCAGCCGCAGAGAUCACCUGGAUCGACGGGCUCGGCAAUGUCCUCACCAAGGGCAUCGAGUACGUGAAGGAGCCGCUGUCCGACUCGCGCCGCAUCACCGCCAAGUCCAUCCUCAAGUUGGCGCCAAAGAAGGAGCACCACAACACGACCUUCACCUGCCAGGCCCAGAACACCGCCGAUCGCACCUAUCGCUCCGCCAAGCUCCUGCUCGAGGUCAAGUACGCCCCCAAGGUGUCUGUGUCCGUCGUGGAGGGGGCCCUGGCUGGGGGCAAGAUACCGGAGGGCGCCGAGGUCGUGCUCAGCUGCCAGGCGGAUGCCAAUCCCCCGGAGGUUACCUACAGAUGGUUCAUCAACGACGAGCUCAUGACGGGAGAUUUCACCACCAAAAUGAUAAUUCACAAUGUCACCCGUUCGUACCACGAUUCGAUUGUCAAAUGCGAGGUGGUCAAUGCCGUGGGCAAGAGCGAGGAGAGCGAGACCCUGGACAUAAGCUUUGGACCCGUGUUCCGCAAGCGUCCGCAGACCGUUGAGGCCGACCUGGGGGCCACCGUGAGCAUGCGCUGCGAGGUGGCCGGCAAUCCUACACCGGAAAUCGAAUGGGUUAACGAGAACUCCGCCCAGAUCGUGGGCCGUGGCACGGAGCUGAAAAUCAAGGUGAGCAGCGAGACGGCAGGACGCUAUAUCUGCAGGGCGGAGGUCACCGGAUUCCCGGAGAUCGGCGCCGAGGCACUGGUGCAUGUGAAGCGGGCCCCAAUCAUCACCUCGCACAAGGUGCAGUUCGGGGCGGUGGGCAACAAGGUGAAGAUCGAGUGCCUGGCCUUCAGCAUACCCAAGGCCGAGCAGAUCCUGUGGUCCUUCGAGAACAAGGUGAUCAACAUGAGCAGCGCCGAUCCGGACAUAUACAUCUUUGAGGAGCAGCACCUGCCCGAGGGCGUGCGGGCCGCCCUGAUCAUACGCGAGAGCAGGGCGACCCACUUUGGCAAGUACAACUGUACCGUGAUGAACUCGUAUGGCAGCGACUCCCUGCUGAUCACCGUGGUCCGGGAGCCGGGCAAUAUACCCGUGCUGCUGGUGGUGAUGGGCUCGAUGUUCUCCGUGGCCAUCGUCCUGAUGAUCGUGAUGAUUGUGGUCGUGUACAGGAAGCGGCGCAACCGCAAGAAGCCCAUGCCGGCGGACGUCAUACCGGAGGCGUCGCGCGGCGGCGACAAACUGAACGAACUGAAAAGCGAGCUCCGAUCCAAGGCCUACGACGUGGAGUACUCCGAGGCGGGCAGCGAGGGCCUGGCCAUCACCCUAAACCAGUCGCCGAUGCCCGAUGUCCAGAUGAAGGGCGCCACCCUGGGCGUGCCCCUGGCCGGUCCCGUCAAGUUCGAUGAGCGCUUCUCCGGGGACUUCACCGACCGCUACAAUCGCCAGUGCCACAUCAAGAAUCUGAAGAACCACCAGGAAAACGCCUACAAGGAGACCUCCGCCAACGGAUACGCCCACUACUUUGAAUACGCCCUCGACUACAGUCCACCCGCCGAAGCAGCCGGCGGCAAAUCGGCCAAGAACUCCGCCGGUGGCAAGAACUCCGCCACACUGCCGCACUCGGCUGCCACCGUCGGAGGUGUGGGAUCCGUUGCAGCCGCUGCGCUCGUCGGUGGGGGCGGUGGGGGGGCCAGCCUACCGCGCAAUCAACGUCACGAUCAACAGCAGUCACAGCAGGCCAAUGGAUUCAUGGGACAACCGCUUCUACAGAACGGCAUCGACAGUCGCUUCAGCGCCAUCUAUGGCAACCCCUAUCUACGCACCAACUCCUCGAUCCUGCCCCCUCUGCCACCGCCAAGCACCGCCAAUCCAGCGGCCACGCCAGCCCCACCGCCAUACCAUGCUGCCCGACACCACCACUCGAACGGGGGUCUCAAGCACUACGGCCAUGGCCAUGGGGCCUCCCUGGCAGGCGCCACCCUGCACACUAGUCCCGCCACCGCCGGCGGACAGCUGAUGUCCGGCGGAGGGUCAGCGGCGGCGAGCCUCAACAGCGGCAUUGCCGGCGGGGCCGGGGGCAGUGUGAGCGGCAGCAGCUCGAAUUUAACGGCCAGCAGCAAUACACUGGCCGCCACCCCGUUGGCCCAGUCGGGCGUCGCUGGUGCCCAGUGUGCCCAGAGUCCAUCCGGACAGUUCAUACUGUCCAACAAUGGCAAGGGUCACACCCAGAAGGGCCCAUUGGCCACCCACGUCUAAGGAGGUGGCCAAAGGUCAGAAAGAGUCAGUCUCUCUACCGAUUUACAUACACACAUAUACACAUAUACAUCUAUACUUAGACACACACACAACACACCCCCACUACACACACAUAUGUAUAUCGCAUUAGAGAGCCAUUAGCGUAAUCGUAAUCGUAAUCGUAUUUUAAAAUGUGUCUAUAGCGGAAAAAACUCUAGAAACCUAAGCUAGUGUGUAAUUUUUUUUUUUUCCACUAUAUAUACAUAUAUAUAUCUAUACUAUAUACAAGAAAGAAAAGAAAACAAAACCGUAUUGUGAUUUAUAGCGUUAAUUAUUUGAUGGCAAGAGGAAAGCUCUCGUUGGAAAAACACGAAACGAAACAAAAAGAAAAGUAACUCGAAAUGAAUGGCAAAUUAUAUCAAUUAGUGCAAAUUUUAAGCAAAUUUAUUAUCGAUGGCAAGGCGGCGGGACCUUGUCCCCCCAGCCCCCUACCAUAUCAUAGAACCUUAUCAAUUAAAACGCAACGUAUCGAACAGAAAAAAACAAAAAACCAACUACAAAACUUCAAAAGUUCAUUUUAAACAGCGAGUUAAAAAAACAAAAAUUAAGAGCAAAGUGAAAACUAUACAAUUUUAAAGCAGAAAAAUAAAAAAGAAAGAAGAAAAGAAAAAUUUAAAUUUAAAUUAAAUUAAAAAUAGAAAUAUAAUCAUUAAAAGCCUGUAGUUAGUUCCAAGUAAAAAAAAAGAUAAAGAUAUGUAAAACAGAAACAAAAAAAAAAACAAUUUCUAAGCCAAAAUUUAUCAAAUUUUUAGACUUAAACAAAAAAAUAUUAUAUUAAACAAGAAAACAAAAAACGAAGAGAAAAAGGGUUAAGCAAAGGAGGAAGGAGAAUAGCUGAAUUUGACCUUUGACCCGGUCAAGCUUAGCCAAAAUAAAACACACACAGACACACCCACACACACACAUAUCGUUGAAACAUCCAAUGUUACCAUAUCCAUAUCCACAGUAUGAACACUGAGAAAAAAUGGCCUACAAUGCCCUUUAGAAAGUCAGUAUCAUUUUAGGAGGGAACAAAAUAGAAGAAAUUGUAUAAAAAAUAUGAAACACAUGUAUUUAUAAACUAAACUAUGGAUUUUUUGGCGGGGAAACUUUCUAAAUGAAGGCAGGUUUUUUUCCUGAGUGUCUAAAAAAAUAAGCAUGUACAUAUACCAGAGCAGAUUGAACGGAAAUGAGACCUACUGGAAUUCUAUUGCACAUAACUUUCAAUUUGAAUGAAGGUGGAAGUGGCACUGCCCUUGGGGAUACGUCUUUUCCAAUGCCCAAUGCUGCACCACAUUCUGCUCCUCUCCCCAGUUCAUUGCCACACCCCGCCACGCCCCCUAAAUAUAUUAUGUAAAGGAUACUCCAGACUUGACCGGGUAUCGGAUAAGCAGCGCCAGCAUCAAUGUGAAAACUUAGAAAUUUUUUUGUCUAGCCCAUAAGAAAGUAAAUGAAAUUUAAUAUUAAAUCAAUUAUGUAUAAAAAA